AUGAAUAAAGGAGAUAAAUAUUAUGGAUUUUAUAACGAAUUAUUGAAAUCUUCAAUAUUAUUCAUCAUUUUAUGUUUAUUUCAAGGACAAAAUUUUAAAAUUGUUCAAGGUGAUGUCUUAUUUCAAUUUAAUAUAAUUCCACAUAACUUAUCGAAUUUUUUACGGUUGUUUUCAUGUAAACAUUCGGAAGUUCAUUCAAUAGAUCAUCGAUUUAAUAAUCCUCUUGUUUAUGAAAAAGAUGAUAAAUUACUUUCGCCGUUUUUAGACAGCUGUAUUUCUGUUAAAAUUUGUUUGUUACCAUUUUCUGAUUUAUGGAGCUUUAAUGAUUUUACACAUUGUAAAUAUGGAGUCACAGCUGAAACACUAUCGAAAUCAAAUUUUCUCGGUAAUUACACCAAAAACAACAUAUCAAUAGUGUAUAAAGAUGUCUGGCCUGUAAGUUCAUUUGCUACUGCUUGA